UGAGGAUGCGGACGGCAUGAAAGUGGAGAAAAGUAGCAGACACUCCGGCACCCGGGGAAACAGCUCGCGAGGUGGGGAGAGAGCCGCCGCCACUGCCACCGCUGCUGCGCACGGGGGGGACGCUUAGAGAUCCGGGGAGUGUGGGGCCCAGGUCCAGGGGAUGAGGCUGUGAAACGCCACCACCGUCCCCCCCCCCCUCUCCCAGCCACCGAGAGCUUACUGCCCCCCGGUCCCCUCCAGCUUAAGGAUUGACUCUCUGGCGUUUUGGCUGCCCGAUCAUCCGGCCCGGGGUAGCGGCGCCCGGGACUCGCGGCCGCCCGGGAGCGGCGGGCGCAUCGGGCCGGGCCGGGCCGGGGGACUCAAGCUCUUGGAGCGAGAACCGCAAACGCCUGGAUUCCCGGGCCGAGAGGGCAACUGGGGGGAGCGGCUGGCUUUCCCGGGCCCUAGGGUCAUGAUGGUGCAUUGUGCCGGCUGCGAGCGGCCCAUCCUGGACCGGUUUCUACUCAACGUCCUGGACCGCGCGUGGCACAUCAAGUGUGUUCAGUGUUGCGAGUGCAAAUGUAACCUCACCGAGAAGUGUUUCUCGCGGGAAGGAAAACUCUACUGCAAGAACGACUUCUUCAGGCGCUUUGGCACCAAAUGCGCUGGAUGUGCGCAAGGCAUCUCUCCCAGCGACCUGGUUCGGAAGGCCCGAAGCAAAGUAUUUCACCUCAACUGCUUCACCUGCAUGGUCUGCAACAAGCAACUGUCCACGGGCGAGGAACUCUAUAUUAUAGAUGAGAACAAAUUUGUUUGCAAAGAGGACUAUUUGAACUCGCCCAGUGUCAAGGAAGGCAGCCUCAACUCAGUGUCAUCCUGUACGGACCGAAGUUUGUCCCCAGACCUCCAGGACCCGCUCCAGGACGACCCCAAAGAGACUGACAACUCGACAUCUUCUGACAAGGAAACCACAAACAACGAGAACGAGGAACAGAACUCUGGCACCAAGAGGCGAGGGCCGCGCACCACCAUCAAGGCCAAACAGCUGGAAACGCUGAAGGCCGCCUUCGCGGCCACCCCCAAGCCCACGCGCCACAUCCGUGAGCAGCUGGCGCAAGAGACGGGCCUCAACAUGCGGGUCAUUCAGGUCUGGUUCCAGAACAGGCGGUCCAAGGAGCGUAGGAUGAAACAGCUGAGCGCUCUUGGUGCCCGGAGACAUGCUUUCUUCAGGAGUCCGAGGCGCAUGCGUCCACUGGGUGGCCGGCUGGAUGAGUCAGAGAUGCUGGGGUCCACCCCCUACACUUACUACGGAGAUUACCAAGGAGACUAUUACGGCCCUGGAGGAAACUAUGACUUCUUCCCGCACGCCCCGCCAUCACAGGCGCAGUCGCCCGCGGACUCCAGCUACUUACCGAACUCAGGGCCCGGCUCCACCCCGCUGGGGCCCCUGGAGCCGCCCCUCCCGGGACACCACUCUUCAGAAAACCAAAGGUACACGGAUAUGAUCUCGCACCCGGACACGCCGAGCCCUGAGCCGGGCAUGACUGGCUCCCUGCACCCCAUCCCGGGCGAGGUCUUCACCGGGGGGCCCAGCCCGCCUUUCUCUAUGUCCAGUAACACCGGCUACAGCGGGCCACUGUCACAUCCCAACCAGGAGCUGAACGAGGCCGCCGUGUGGUAAAAGCUGCUGGGCCCUUUCCCAGCCCCUUCCCUGCCCAAAACACCCGGCUUAGGAACUGCACGGAGCACCCAGACCUCUCCCCAUCCCAGGCCCGGCGCCUCUGUGGAUCCAGAGUCCUACACGGCACACACAUGCACACAUUUCUCACUCACGCAGAAUCACAAUUUGUCUCUCUCUCACACACAAACAUUAAUGAAGGCACGUGCGUGCAUGCGCUCACACACACACACACACACACACACACAG